CUCUCUCAUUUCAUUCAGACACUCUCCCUCUUGCUCGACCACAUUUCCCUCUCAAUCGGCUUUACAAUCGGCUUUACUCAGUUAGGGUUCUACAAUCGGGUCUUCACUCAGUUAGGGUUCUACAAUCAGGUCUUCAAUCAGCUUUACAAUCGGGUUAGGGUUCUGCAUUCGGGUCUUGAAGGUUGGGGCUCGCUCUAAAUCAGAUUUUCCACUCUCAUACGGUUGGGGUUCUUGGUUGGGUCGUAAUUUUCUCUUCAAUUGGAUCUUGUACAGAGAAACCAGACAGCCAAAUCACUCUGGCUUCAAGGAGGAAAGAACUUCGACAGAAAAUAUAUAUGCAAUCAGAUGAGAGAACUAGACGGAGACAACUAGAAAAAUUAGUUGAGUGAAUAUAUUGCUGGAUUCAACAUGUAUUGUUAUCAUCAUCUUUGUGGAGAUUUUAUCUACUCCAUUUUUCAUUUGUUAAAUUUGCCAAAUCCCUAUGUUGUUCCCUCUUUGGAAUUUAUUCUGCCAACUGAACCUCGCGCAUUUUCUUGCUGGCAAACUCUAAUCUUAAACCUUCUGUAAAGAAGAUACCAUUAGAGCAAGCGCCCUCCUGUAGCUCCAAGUAAUUUGCAGAGAACAUUUAUUCAGACAUCCUUAAAUCAAUGCAGCCUCAUGAUUUUCCAACCUAACAUUAACUAAACACAAGCACCUGGAAAGGAAAAAACAUGUUCAUAGUCUUACCAAGUGCAAGCUGCUGAAAAUAAUUUCAUGCAGUAAAACUGAACCUAAGUAGCUUCCAAAUAAUAUUUAAUGUCCAACCAAUAAAAUUACUCAGAAUAAACAUUCUUCCAAAUUUUUGCAGACUCCUUGUUAAGCUCCAGGUCAUUAUGAUAAAAUGGUUAAUCAAUGAAAGUCAGAUAUUAACUUCAGCUUCAGCCUCAUUGCUUGUUGCUUCCGUAUUUUUUUUCCUUUUCACCUUUCAAAAUAAAAAUAAAAUUGAUAUCAAAUAUAGAAAACUAAUCUUUAUAUUCUAAAUUGAAAUACACAAGUUAAAAAGACUUACCGAUGACAUAAUUCUUCCGUUAGUUAUACACAGCUAAUUGACAGAAUGAUGAUUAGUGAAACUAAUAAUAGUACAGUUACCAGAGUAAAAUAUUUUUAAGUAAAAUGACCAGAUUGGAAAUAAGCAUGAAGCCUAAUGACCAUUUAGGUUGCUCUCUCCUCAUUCCCCCUUUUCUUUUGCUACAUAUUGUUAUUUUUGUUCUUGUUGUUUACAAAGUUAACAUCGUCUCCCCUAAUUCUGAGUACUUGUCGUUUCUGACCACAAGUAGAGCUUCCGUUAUCAAUCAUCAGACUGCGGUAAGAGAUUAGACGUGUGUUUUAUCGCUGAAGAAGGCAGUCCAGGCAUGCAUUUGAGAAAAGGUUUUAACUAAAAUUUCUAUUUUUUAUUCUAAUUUAUAAAAGAUGAAAUACUAGCAUAGAAAUGUUCUUCCCUGAAAUCUGUUUCAUAAUAAACACUAAAUUUUUAUGAAGUAUCUUUCUUUUCUUUACAAAAAGUUUCACUAACAAAGUAACCAUCAUAUAAUGUGUUAAAAAGAGAGCAUGUAUGUUACUAGUAAAGAUACAAAAAACAUGAAUAAAGCAACACUCCAGGAUCAAGCUUUGAAUCAAUAUAUCCCCAACAAACAAAGAAAAGCAUCUCCUAGACAACACUCUUUCAUCUGCCUAUUUAUUCCUCAUCUCUAUGAAACCACAUUAACUGACCACGCCAUCAUGGAUAACAAACUAUCCAUGCUUAAUCUAGCUGUAAUCUUUAUCAGUAUACCAGUUCUCAUCGCAUCAACUUACAUCCCAGGAGUGAAGGGAACCAUUGGUGUGAAUUAUGGCAGAGUGGCAAACAACCUUCCUCAUCCUGUACAAGCGGCACAUUUCCUCCUACACUCCACCAUCAUUAAUCGUGUUCGUCUCUAUGACACCAACGCUGACACCAUAAAAGCCUUUGCCCACACAGGUAUUGCUGUCACAGUUAACAUUCCAAACAACCAAAUUUCAUCCCUUGCCAAGCUCAGUUAUGCUAAAGAGUGGUUAGAAACCAACAUUGUACGUCACGUCCCAGCUACCAACAUUGUCCGAAUUCUUGUGGGUAAUGAAGUAGUCUCCACGGGAGAUAAGCUCACUGUUGAGAAUCUUGUCCCAGCUAUGCAGGCCAUUCACACAGCCCUUGUUGGCGUGUCACUAGACCGUCUUAUCAAAGUCUCAACACCACAUUCGUUAGGCAUACUUUUAACUUCCAGCCCGCCCUCAGCUGGAAAAUUUAGGCCAGAGUAUGAAAACCAGGUCCUAAAACAAAUUCUUGAUUUUUUAAAAGCCACAGGCUCCCCCUUCUUGAUUAACCCAUAUCCAUUCUUUGGCUGUUCAAAAGACACACUAGAUUACGCCCUCUUUAGGACCAACUCAAAAGUCUUAGAUGAAAACACAAAACUUACAUACACAAACAUGCUAGAUGCCCAAUUAGAUGCAGUCCACUCUGCAUUAAAACUCCUUCACUUCGAUGACAUAGAGAUUGUCAUAGCAGAAACUGGUUGGCCAUCAAAGGGCGAACCUGGCCAACUUGGGGUUGAUGUGGACAGUGCAGCCGAGUACAAUGGAAAACUUAUGCAACAUGUGUCAUCAGGGGUUGGCACACCACUCAUGCCUAACCGGACAUUUGAGACCUACAUUUUUGGACUCUUCAAUGAAAAUCUUAAGCCGGGUCCAACCAGCGAAAGGAACUUUGGCCUUUUCCAACCAGACAUGACCCCUGUUUAUGAUAUCGGUAUUCUAAGGAAAAAGGCAAACGUAAAUUAUCCUUCGAGCCCAACUCCUGUAGUUGUUGGAGUGCCAAUUAGUCCAGAGCCGAAACCAAACAGUGGAAAACGAUGGUGCCUUCCUAAACCAGAAGCUAACGACGAAAACUUACAGAAGAACAUUGAUUAUGUAUGUGGACUGGGAAUAGAUUGUGGACCUAUCAAAGAAGGAGGUGCAUGCUUCUAUCCUGACACCGUCCGAGCUCAUGCUGCCUACGCCAUGAAUGCAUACUACCAGACUACAGCCAAAAAUGGGUACGACUGUGAUUUUGCUCAGACUGCAGCCACCACCAUCUCCAAUCCAAGCUAUGGAAAAUGCAUUUACUGAUCUGGAGUCUAGAUAUCAUAGCCAACGCGUUAAUUUUUGUACAAUUGAAAAAAUAAAUCUUUGACAUCCGAUAUUUUCAAGAGGAUUUUAAUUUAUGGCAUAG